CGCAGAUGUGGGGAGCACACUCCCAUCUGCGGCGAAAGGGCGGCGGUGGUUUGAAGCCGAGGAAGACAGAGAUGAGGAGGAAUGUGUCGGUGUGAGGACGUUUCUUUGUGUUCACCUUAGCGGAGCUCAUAUCGGCAGGUGUGUCUCAUCAGCCACCUACUAGCCUACUUCUCACCCUUACCACCACUGUCGAGGUAGCCAUGGCAACCAGUGCUGUGCCAAGCGACAACCUGCCAACGUACAAACUGGUGGUGGUGGGGGAUGGUGGUGUUGGGAAGAGCGCCCUCACCAUCCAAUUCUUCCAGAAGAUUUUUGUGCCAGACUAUGAUCCGACGAUAGAGGACUCAUAUCUAAAACACACAGAGAUAGACGGGCAGUGGGCAAUACUGGAUGUGCUGGACACAGCCGGCCAGGAAGAGUUCAGUGCGAUGAGAGAACAGUAUAUGAGGACAGGAGAUGGCUUCCUCAUUGUCUUCUCUGUGACAGACAAGGCCAGCUUUGAACAUGUUGACCGAUUCCAUCAACUCAUACUACGGGUUAAAGACAGGGAGGCCUUCCCCAUGGUGUUGGUGGCAAACAAAGUGGACCUGGUCCAUCUGAGAAAGGUCACCACUGACCAGGGCCAAGAGAUGGCUGCAAAACAUAAUAUAACUUAUAUUGAAACCAGUGCUAAGGAUCCGCCAAUGAAUGUGGACAAAGCCUUUCAUGAGCUGGUCCGUGUUAUAAGACAGCAAGUCCCGGAGCGAAACCAGAAGAAGAAAAAGAAGAUGAAGUGGAGAGCAGAACGCUCCACAGGUUCCCACAGGUUCCACUGUGCCAUAUUGUGACCUCCCUUGUCGUCUUUAUCAUUCUUAACAUACACACACACCCACACGCACACCCACAUACCUUUGGAUGUCAGGGAACUCCCCAGCAGUGGUUAGCUACUGGAGCACAAAAGGGAGGGGGGGUGUCGAUGAAUGGCGGAAUGGAUCCAGAGGGACAGAAGGACAAGUGAAUCUGUACCGUUGGAUUGAUGUCCCCUCAGCCCUUCACCAUGCCUUGGAAUGAGUGCUGUGUCCUCCUCUCCUCAAUUUAUGGUCCCUUUUCGAAGAUCUUUUCCUCUUGUCCUUGUCCCAUCUGUAUUCAGUGCACAAGAACAGAGUCACUGAACUGUUUCUCAGUCAAGUGUAAUAUUUGAAUUUAUUAUCAAAUGUGGCACAAGACGACAGACUCUGAGGAAAAAAACUGCAGAUACAAGAAUCACUUUGAUAUUGGAACUUUUGUGUUCUUGUUAAAGGGAAGAUGGAGGAACUCGCUCAAAAUGGGACCUCAUCAUUUAUGGACCUCCAACAACCUGCUGGUCAUCACUUUUCUGUCCUCACACUCCCACGGUUUCUUGGAGAAAAGCACCUGUGUGAUCUCUAGAUAGGUUGUCUGUGUUCUCUCUGUGCAGGGCAGACAUUAUAAGGGCGUAGAGAAUGAAUAUGAGAGUGGUGACAGUGAUUUUGUUUUCGUACCUUGUGGUCAUGUGACGCCCUGGCUUUGAGAUGUCAGUUCAGAAAGGAUGGAAGGAUGUGUCGUAGCAAGUGAAGGAAAUGUGACGCGGUGCUGAGAAAAUGUGUCAUAUGGAUUGACAGGUGAAUGCCAUGGCCAUAUCAACUUGUUUAAUACGUGUUUAAAUAUUAUAAUUGUAAAAGUGAGUGAGAUUGGUUGGUGUAUGUGGUUACACUUUAAUGUAAAACAUAACAGGGUUUUUAUCAACACCGAUGUGUCAGCAGCCAUGUUUACAUACACUGUUAUAAAGGAUUAUUUUCCAUAAAUACAGAAAUAUAGACAGUAUAUCAGAGCCACUUUACACCAAGUAUAAGUCUUCAUCAGUACUGUAUGAACAAUAGCCCUGAUACAUAAAGUCUUUCUUUUGAGUCUUAACAGAAUCUUCAACACAAGUUAUUUUCCAUAUUUUUUUGUAUCUAAAAAUAGAGAAUAUUACAAUUAUAUUUGUUAUAUAAAACAUCUAAUUAAAGGUGGCAAUGUAAACAAAUUCAGUGCUGUUUUACAAAGGACCUGUAGGUAAUUCUUAAUCAAAUAGGAUAGAUAAGGUAUAAUGAGAGCUUCGUUUUUAAGAGCUGAAACAGGCUGGAGAAACUGAUUUGCACUGGCCACUAACCAAAAUAAUGUGAUGUCACUUUAUUUCAAUCUAGGGGCUUUUCAGACUGCAUUGCUGAAUUCAGGACUAUAUGUGCUUAGUAAAGGACAAUACUCCUUCAGAUUGGGAAUAUAUACUGUAGCCCUGGGAAUCAGAGUUAGAAAGCCUUCCUGAACAGCCAGAUGUAACACUCCUAGGGCUUAAAGCCAUGUAAACCUAGCUACAGACUAUGUUUAGUUGUAGGAAAACCACACACUCGAAGCAACAAAACAUUCAGUAUGUUCAUGUUUGUAGUCGUGAGGUGAAUAGGAAUGUACAGUUUAAUAACCUAUGAAAUGGCUUGUACUGUUAACGCACUAAAGUUUCGGUGGACAACUUUUUUUGUCUGGAUGAAUACUGUCUCUUGAAGGAAUACAUUUUUGCACUUUUAAUACAAUUUCUGACUUUCCUAUUGGCAUGUUGUUUUCCGUUCAGAUCUGUAAGUGAAAUGAAAAGCACGGUCAAAAUGAUUUGAAUGUAAAAUCAAAAAGCAAAACAAGCAAAAUAGGUGAUUAGCGUUGUAGCCCUGUGUGCCUGUGUAUGCCUGUUGCCUUGGCGGUGAUUGUGACAGAGAUCAAAUAAGCAGGAACUGAAUCAUUUGGAAGGUAUGAAGAGAGAAGUUCCAUGUUACUCUGUUUUGAAUUAAGAAGGCUGAGUUUGAAAAAUCUCAUAAAUUGAAUGGCAUACAACUUCACCUCAGCAUGAAAGUGGAAAAUCAACCUCAGCAAAAGAUGGAAUACAGUAUUAAUCUGCAUCUACUGUUAAAGAGACUUCACACAGAAUCUCCAGAGAAGGACUGAAAACAGUGAUGUGAUGUAGUGAUGGACUCUGGCUCAUGGGGGAGAAAAAAAAAGAAUGUGUUUGAUGAAAAUGUUGCAUCAUGUAUGUUUGAUACCAUUUUGUAUAAUUGAUAUGAAUUAUUGAUAUGAUUCUUGCAAAGUGUUUUUUAAACAACUGAAUAAUUUAUUACUGUCUAUGUUACCUCAGCGUGUCCCAGACCUGGACAAAAAAAAAAAAAAAAAAAUCCCCAGUAUUUUUUUUUUUCUCUUCGGGACUCUCAAUGGAUCAAAGGUCUUUUGCCUCUGAGCCCCCAUUUGAAGAGACUUGUAAUGUGUUGUGGACCAAGAUAAAGAAACUGACUUUGGCCCUGAGCUAAAAAAAACAAAUAAAAGCAUUAAAGACCCCUGCUUUAUUGGAGCUUAUGUGGACAGGCUCCCAGUGAGAAUGUAAUCAAACAAGGAUCAAAACAAGAAAAGUUUGCCAUCCCACAUGCAAUUUUAAAUGUUUCAUUGUUCAGUGUGAAAUUAAAGAAAUAGUUUAGCAUGUUGAAAAAUACACUUGGCUGUCUUGCCAAGAGUUUGAUGAGAAGAUUGUUAUCACUCUUUUAUCUGUACACUGAAUAUGAAGCUACAACCAGCAGCUGGUUAGAUUGUCUUAGCAUAAAGACUGAAAAUAGGUGGAAACAGCUAGCCUCGCUGUGUUCAAACGGUAACAGAACCAGCCAUCCAGCAUCUCUAAAGCUUAUUAAUUAGUAUAUCUCAUUUGUUUAAUCCUGACAAGUUUUGGUUUUAUGUUGGUUUAUACCCUGGAUUAGGGUUAGAUAGAGUCUGGCUAGCUGGUUCCACCUAUUUCCAGACUUAAAGCUAAGCUGAGCUAACCAGCUGUUGGUACUAGCUUUAAUCAUUUGCUACACAAACAAGAUAGUGGUAUCAAUCUUGUAAUCUAAUUCUCACUAAGAUAGCAAAUAGGCAUCCUUUCCAAACUAUUACUGGAAGCAGACCAUGUUCUUGUUACCUCUCUCAGAUUAGCCAUCAUGGCUGGUACAAAUAAACCUGCUGAUUUGUUCAACGGUUUUAUAUAUUACCAAUUAUUUGACCCUGGAAUAUAUGUGAGCGAAAUUGAGCACUUUUGUUUUCAAUGAUUGGAGAGGUAGCAUUCAUUCUCAAAUAAACACCAAGUAUUGUUGAAGUUAUGCAAUUGACUUGUGUAUAUCCUGAAACUUUGUCAGUAUGUAAAAGGCCAUGUAAACAACAACAACAACAUUUGGAGUUUUCACACCGGUUGUUUAAUGUGUGUUUUUGGACAGGUCUGUUGUGUUCUAACUGGCUGUGUCAGACUGAGGAGCUAGACAAGGCACAAACAAACUAUGGCCUUUUUAUCUAGCCUCAGGGUUCAAUUAUAUUUCAAUAAUAAAAAAAAAAAAAAGUAUUGUGA